AAUAACAUCACUUUAUCAUAUAAAAACAUACUCUUGGUGUCUGCAUAAAAUUUAGUUGCGAUAGAGCAAUAUUAAAGCAAAACAAUUAAUUUUAAUUACUUUCCAUCAUCUGCAAUCGAGUUGUUAUUAUAGUGUUUCAAGCUGCUCCUGCAUUCAUGUCCUGCUAAUCGAUUUUAGUAGUGAUGGAUCGACAAGCUCAUGAUUAUGCUGCUAUGGCUUUUGCUCAACAACAGCACCAAGCAGCUAGCAUGCAACAGCAACAACAGUUUGGUUUUCAUCCCCAACAUCAACAAUUUCCUCCUUCAGUUCAUGGUCCUCCAUUUCUACCCCCACAUUCUUCCCUUCAACAGAUCCCUUACCCUCACCCCAUUCAGCAACCACAACUCCAUCCUCAUAUACCGCCUCCUCACCACCUUCACCUUCAGCAGCCACCUCCUGCGUUUCCUCCACAUAUGCCUCAUCACCAGGCGCGAUCACCUUUCUACAAUCCCUAUGAUUCUCCCCCACCUCCAGCUCCUCCACCAUCUGAUCCUGAACUCCAAAAGCGUAUAGAUAAAUUAGUAGAGUAUGCUGUCAAAAACGGUCCUGAGUUUGAAGCAAUGAUCCGCGAAAAACAGCAAGAUAAUCCAGAUUACAGUUUCCUCUUUGGCAGUGAUGGCCAUUACUACUACCGCUAUAAUCUUUGGAUGGCUACACGCCCACCAGGUGGACCAUUUAAUGCUCCUUUUCCAUCCUCUUCUCUGCCUAUGAUGCAUCCACCAAAUCCUAUGAUGAGUCCAUCACCCUUAAAUGCCCCUUAUAGUGGCUCCAAUGCUGCUGGUGGGGCUUCUGCUGCAAUGUUAGGUCCACCUCAUUUACAUCAACCUCCUUUCCCACCAUUCUAUGAACAGCAGCCCUCUCAGCCUUUUGGCCGAGCAUAUUAUGAUCACUCAUACAGUUCUUUCAAAGGUGUAUCAAGGCCUCUUCCGUCAGAGGUUGAAAUGGAGUUGAAUAAUGUACUAAACAGUCUUAAUGGUACCAAAGAGUCAAUUAAAGGCGCAAAGAAUUGGUUCAUGCAGAGGUCUCCAUUUAUACCUGCUUUGGUUGAGGCACUCCGAGAUGGGGUAUUUUCCCUAGAUGAUCCUGAGAGACAGCUUCAUAUAGUCUAUCUUGCCAAUGACAUCCUAUUUGAGAGCUUGCAACGACGAAUCAAUCCUCAUGAGCUUGACAACGAGGCACUUGCUUUUAAGCCUGUUUUAGGUCCCAUGCUUGCGAGGAUAUACCACAAUCCUCAAAACAAGGAAGAAAAUCAGUCUCGACUGCAGAAAAUUUUACAGUUUUGGAGCUCCAAGGAAGUCUAUGAUCAGGAUACAAUUCGUGCACUUGAAAAUGAGAUGAUGAGUGGACUGCAUGCAAAUUUUGCUGGUCCUCGAAGGGAACAACUGGCUGCAGAUCCUUCUGCUGCUGCAGGAUUGUCACAUCAAGUAGCAAACCGGAGUGUUUUACAGUGGAAGCCUGAUGAGCAGGUGCCUCCAAUACCAUCUGCGGCACCACAUCAAUUUCAUCCUGGUGUAGUUCCACCCACUGGAUUUCCUGGGUCAAUGCCUGUGCUGUCCUCUGUUCCACAAGGAAAUCCACAAGCUGCAGCUCAUCACAUGCCAGCAUCAACUGCAAAUGUAGGUGGAAAAUUGCCCCCAUACCCCUUGUUUCCUCCUGGUCUUAUUCCUGGUAUGGUGAGGAAGAAGCAGAUUGGUAGUGGGGUGCCUUACUCUCCUAUGAGCCCUUUAGAUAUCCCCACCAUUGUACCACCCUCCACCGUUUCAGAGUCUGAGAUUCUUGAGAGAGUGUCCAAAUUUUUUAGGGAGAUCGGAGAGGUUAAUCCAUCAGAAGGUCCUGUUAAACCAUCUGAUUCAACCCAUGAUUAUGACGACUAUGAGAGAGAGCCUCCUGUUCGCAAUGGAGGGGCUUGCAUCCCUCCACCUCCAAAUCUCCAAGUUGACCCUGAAACUGGGACUUACCCUGAUGGAAGUGUGGAGCAGAAAUCUGGAUUGAAUAGUUCAAGACGGUUAGGACUUGGAGCCACAGCUAAUCCAGAUGAGUCAAGUCAAUACGAUGAUGUCUACACUUCUUACAGAAAAGAUAGAAGCACAAAUUACCAUUCAUCGAUGAGUGCAAGAGCUACGAGGUAAAUUAAUCAUCAUUUUGACUAGUAGUCUGUAGAGAGCUCAUAGCAUCUGUGACCAUUAUUUUGCGCUUUUUAGCUGCUGUUGAAUGGACUCACAGUUCUUGUCUCUGUAAUUUUUAAGUUGAGGUGGAUGUUGAAAGACAGAUUUGCCUAAAGGCAACAGAAUGAGUUAGAUCUUUCCAUGUUC